AUGUCGCCCUCGGCGCAACAGAGUCACUUCAAGCUACUUCAGCAGUUUAAGCCGGACUACUCGCCGAGUGAAUUCACUGAAUAUGAGUCUCAGCGUACGGGCAUGCGGGUGGUUGUCAUCGACCAGCCUGGUCCUAAGGUCAAUGGCUACUUUGUGCUUGCUACUGAGAUUCACGAUGACUCAGGGGCUCCUCAUACUCUAGAGCAUCUCUGUUUCAUGGGUUCUCGCAACUUUCGCUAUAAGGGCUUCCUCGACAAGCUAGCUACCCGUGUUUACUCCAACACCAAUGCAUGGACUGCCACCGACCAUACUGCGUACACUCUUGAUACAGCUGGCUGGGAAGGCUUUGCCCGCAUUCUGCCUAUUUACCUCGAGCAUGUGAUUGCCCCUACACUUACCGAUGAGGGUUGCUACACUGAAGUAUUCCACAUCGAUGGCUCUGGAAAUGAUGCCGGCGUAGUGUACUCCGAGAUGCAGGGUGUGCAGAACAAUGCCGCUGAACUGAUUGACCUGGCUGCCCGUCGCCUGAUUUACCCCGAGGGCAACGGCUUCCGGUAUGAGACUGGGGGUAUGAUGGAACAACUCCGUGUCUUGUCUGCUGAGCGCAUCAGAGAAUUUCACCGUGAGAUGUACCAGCCCAAGAACUUGUGCUUGGUCAUCACCGGUGAGGUGGACCAGAACAACAUGUUGGAUAUCUUGGACAAAUUUGAAGAAACAAUCAUGGAUGUCAUUCCUAGCCCAGAUGCGCCCUUUAAGAGGCCUUGGACCGAUUCCAAGCAGGUGCCUGCCCUGCAGAAGUCGAUCAUUGAGAGGGUGGAGUUUCCCGAAGAGGACGAGUCGUUUGGUGAAAUCGAGAUCCGCUUUUUGGGUCCGGAUUGCACCGACCCCAUUCAAUCUGGUGCUAUGAAUGUCGCCCUUUUGUACUUGGCUGGUUCAUCUGCGUCUCUGCUCGAGAACGCUAUAGUCGAAAAGGAACAGAUUGCCAGUGCGGUCUAUUAUGCUACCGAAGACCACCCGAGCAUCGAGGUCCGCUUUACGUUAACCAGUGUUGAGACAGAGAAACUCGAGCAGGUUGAGAAGAGGUUCUUCGAGAUCUUACAGGAUGCUAUGAAGAAGGAGCUCGAUAUGAAGUAUCUCAAAGAGUGCAUUGACCGCCAGCGCCGUACUUGGAAGUUCUCGACUGAGUCUUCUGCCUCGUCCUUCGCGGAGUAUGUCAUUUCAGACUUCCUGUUUGGAAAGCGUGACGGCUCCACCAUGCGUGAUGUCGCUUCUCUGAAGAGGUACGACGCACUUGAGAACUGGACGGAGGAUGAGUGGCGAUCAUUCAUCAAGAAGUGGAUCGCAGAUGCACCUCACGUUUCUAUUCUGGGUGUCCCAUCCCUGAAGCUGUCUGAAAAGCUGAAAAAUGACGAGGAAGCUCGCGUUGCUGCUCAAAAGGAGCGUCUUGGCGAAAAGGGCCUGAAGGAGCUUGCCGACAAGCUUGAGAAGGCCAAGGCUGAAAACGACAAGGAGAUCCCGAAGGAUUUGCUGGCUGCCUUUGGAAUCCCCGGCGCCGAAUCUAUUCAUUUCAUGAACACUACCACGGCCCUGUCAGGCGCUGCUCUAAAGGCUGGACGCCCUAAUCACGAGAUCCAGAAGAUCAUUGAUGCCGAUGAUUCGAGCCUGCCCCUUUUCAUACACUUCGAGCACAUUCCAAGUAGCUUUGUGCAAAUGUCCGUCCUCAUAUCUGCACAGUCUGUUCCUGUCCAGCUGCGUCCUCUGCUGUCCGUGUACACUGAGGCAUUCUUCAACAUACCCGUUGAGCGUGAUGGUAAGACCAUCGACUUCGAGCAGGUGGUUGUGGAGCUUGAGAAGGAUACCGUUGGCUAUUUCAUGGAAACUGCCCGCGUUCUUGGAAACUCCGAGAUGCUGCGUGUGUCCUUCCAGGUUGAGCGCGAGAAGUAUGAGACUGCCAUUGCCUGGAUUCAGGAGAUUACCUGGAACUCCAUCUUCGACGUCGAGAGGCUCCGCGCCAUCACCUCUCGACUUCUGGCCGAUGUUCCUGACUCUAAGCGCAGCGGCGAGGAUAUGCUUGCCGCGGUGCAUGUCAUGAUUCAUUAUGCCGAGGAGUCUAUUACUCGGGCGCGUAGCACCUUGGUCAAGGCCCGCUACCUCAAGCGCGUCAAGCGUUUGCUAGCUGAGAAGCCCGAGGAGAUCGUCAGCCGCAUGGAGGAGAUCCGCAAGUCGCUGUUCCAGCCUGACAAUGUCCGAGUCGUUGUGUUUGCCGAUCUUGAAAAGCUUACCAAGCCCGUCUCAGCUUGGAAGCCCUUCGCUGAGCGUCUGGGCACCAGCACCGAUCUAAAGCCUAUUACAAAGAGGCGCGACCUACUGAGCGGUGCGGGCAAGAAUCUCGGUGGCAAGUCUUUCAUCGUUCCCAUGCCUACCGUCGACUCCUCCUUCGCCUACGCCACUGCCCGAGGCCUGGACUCAUAUGAUGACGCCAAGCUCCCGGCAGCUAUGGUGGCCAUUGCAUACAUGAAUGCAGUUGAGGGUCCUCUCUGGGUCGCUGUCCGUGGCAAGGGUCUGGCGUACGGUACCAACUUUGCUUAUAACAUUGAUACCGGUGUCGUCAACUUCGACGUGUAUCGGUCUCCCAACGCUCACAAGGCCUUCGAGGCCAGCAAGCAGAUUGUUGAAGACCACCUUUCUGGAGCUUCGCCUUUCGAUCCUCUUAUGCUGGAGGGUGCUAUCAGCAGCAUCGUUGUUGGUUAUGCCAAUGAGCAAAUGACCGCUGCUAUGGCGGCGCAGGACAGCUUCAUCCGCCAGGUCGUGCGCAAUCUGCCUGCUGACUAUAAGGAGAAGAUGCUCAAGAAGGUCCGGAGUAUCAGUGUGGACGAGGUUAAGGAUGCUCUUCGAGAGAUCAUUCUGCCGCUAUUUGAUCCCAAGACGGCUAACCUUGUCGUCACCUGUGGCAAUGUUCUGGAAGAGCCUCUCAAGCAAGGUUUCGAGGCCUUCGGUUUCGCCCCGGUGGUCCAGCCCCUCAAGGAAUUCGAGGAUGACUACGGCCUCAAGCUCGACGGUGACGAAGAGGAAGACGAGGAUGAUGAUGACGAGGAAGACUCCGAAGACGAAAGCGGCUCCGAGGAAGGGGACAGUGACGAAGAAAUGGAUGACGAGUAA